UCCUUCCUUCCUUCCUUUCUUCCUUAUUCUUUCAGCUUUCCUUCUUUCCUUAUUCUUCCUUCCUUCCUUCCUUCCUUCUUCUUUCAGCCCUUUUUCUCUCCUUCCUUCCUUCCUUCCUUCCUUCCCUCCUUCUUUCCCCAUGGAGGUCCACGUGGGGGCCCUGGGCCGGGUCUACGGCCGCCCCCCCAGCAAGACCUUCCGUGGGGCCUUCCAGAGCCUCUUCCAGAGCGUCCGCGAGGCCUUCCAGAGCCCCCCGGUGGACCUGCCCAGCCCUCGCCAGCACCACCACCACCAGCACCACGUGCCGCAGCCGCCGCCGCCGUCGCAAGCGCAGCCCUCUCCGUCCUUCCUGGCCCUGGAGGAGCCCCGCAGCCCCCCCUCGGGGCCCCACAAGCCCCUGCCCGGGGAGGACCCCCCCUGCCGAGCCCGCCCGCCCUUCCCCUCCCCCUCGGAGGCCCCUCUGCUGAGCUGCGCGGCCCUCCUGGGCGAGGGCCCCUCGGGCGCCGGGGACCCACCCCCCACCCCGGAGAAGGGCGACUUCCUGGGGGAGACGGCCAAGGAGCUCUGCAAGGCGGUCUCGGCCUCCAUGGGGCUGGGGGUGGAGGCCCUGGACGCGGUGUCCGCCGGCCCCAGUGCUGAAUCGGGGGCCCCUCGCGGGGACUGCAUGUUCGCCUUGGCCCCCGCCAGGCCCCUCGCCACGUGCAAGAUCGUGGAGCAGCAGGAGGAAGCGGGAGGAGGAGGAGGAGGAGGAGAAGGAGGCGGCUCCGCCGGGGGCCCCGCUCUGGCCCUGGACCUGCCGGGGCCCCUCAGCCUCUACAAGGUGGCCCCCGAGAUGGAGGAGCUCCCCGCCUGCACCAGCCGCGACUACUUCAACCUCCACAUGGCUUUGCCUCCUCCUCCGCCGCCGCCUUUCAGGGGCGGCAUCAAGCUGGAGGAGCCCAUCGAGGGCCCCUUUGGGGCAUGGGGCCGCCGAGGGGGCCCCGCUUCGGAGAUGGCGCCCCACUACGCGGGGGCCCCGCCCGCCUGGCACCCCUUCUUCGCCCCCACCGAGGACCCCCAGCUGUACGUGGAGGGGCAGCCCCCCUCCAUGGGGCCCCCCUUCGGAUACCCCCGAGGAAGCCAAGGGCCCCCCGAAGGAGGAGGAGGAGGAGCCGGGGCCGGGGAGGUGCCCCCCGAAGUGUGGUACUCGGGCCCCGGGGCCCUGGUGGGACGCAUGCCCUUCGGAGCCCCCACCGCUGGAGCCCCCGGGUGCAUCAAGACCGAGCUGGGGCCCUGGAUGGACCGCUACCCCGGAGCCUACGGGGAGAUGAGGUUGGAGUCGGCGAGGGACCACGUCCUGCCCAUCGACUACUACUUCCCGCCCCAGAAGACGUGCUUGAUCUGCGGGGACGAAGCUUCGGGGUGCCACUACGGGGCCCUGACCUGCGGGAGCUGCAAGGUCUUCUUCAAAAGAGCCGCCGAAGGUAAACAGAAGUACCUCUGCGCCAGCCGCAACGACUGCACCAUCGACAAGUUCCGGCGGAAAAACUGCCCUUCCUGCCGCCUGAGGAAAUGCUACGAAGCAGGGAUGACCCUGGGAGCCCGCAAGAUGAAGAAGCUGGGCAACCUGAAGAUGCAAGAAGAAGCCGAGGGAGCCGGGCCCUCCAGCCCCACGGAGGAGCAGGCGCCCAAGAUGUCCAUGACGCGCAUCGAUGGCGUGGAGUGCCAGCCCAUCUUCCUCAACGUCCUGGAGGCCAUCGAGCCAGGCGUGGUGUGCGCCGGCCACGACAACAACCAGCCGGACUCCUUCGCGGCCCUCCUGACCAGCCUGAAUGAACUCGGAGAACGGCAGCUGGUCCAUGUGGUGAAAUGGGCAAAGGCUCUGCCAGGAUUCCGCAACCUGCACGUGGAUGACCAAAUGGCAAUAAUUCAGUAUUCCUGGAUGGGCCUGAUGAUUUUUGCCAUGGGAUGGAGAUCCUUCACCAAUGUCAACUCUCGGAUGCUCUACUUCGCACCAGACUUGGUCUUCAAUGAGUACCGGAUGCACAAAUCCAGGAUGUACAGCCAGUGCGUCAGGAUGCGGCACUUGUCCCAAGAAUUUGGAUGGCUUCAGAUCACUCCCCAGGAAUUCCUCUGCAUGAAGGCUCUGCUCCUCUUCAGUAUUAUUCCAGUGGAUGGCCUGAAGAACCAGAAGUUCUUUGAUGAGCUGCGGCUGAACUACAUCAAGGAGCUUGACCGGAUCAUCGCUUGCAAGAGGAAGAAUCCCACAUCCUGCUCUCGGCGCUUCUACCAGCUCACAAAGCUCCUCGACUCGGUGCAGCCUAUUGCAAGAGAGCUGCAUCAGUUCACCUUCGACCUCUUGGUCAAGUCCCACAUGGUCAGCGUGGACUACCCGGAAAUGAUGGCGGAGAUCAUCUCGGUCCAGGUGCCCAAGAUCCUCUCGGGGAAAGUGAAGCCCAUCUAUUUCCACAGCCAGUGAGAGGGAGAGGCAACCCCGAGGCCCAUCGUCCCCGCAGACCCCUCCAGCCGCCGCCUGCCUCUCCGUCUCUGCACUACCGCAACUGCAGUGCCUUGGGAAGGUGUGUGUUCACGGAGACGCACAGCCACCGCCAAACAAAGAACGAAACAGACUACCUGCUGGGGUUCCUUCUCCUUUUGCCUCGUUCCGUUUUUUCCUCGUUGACCUUUCUUUCCUGGGCAACCCGUCCUGGCGGAAUCAGGCUUCUCUCUCCUUGGAACGAUUCGUCAGGCACUCAAAGCCUCCCGGCCUAUUCCGCCUUGUGUUUUGUGCGUGUGGUGUUGUGGCGUGGGGCCCCGCUGCCCUUGUUUACAUUCAUGCGCCCGUGAGUACCUGACCGUGUCUUUCGUGGCCCUGUGUGCAUGCGCUGCCGUGGUCGCCUUCGAUGUCCAAAGACACAAACUCACAGACAAACUCCACAUCACAUGCACCCCAGCUUUGAGUUGCCCUCUUUACAGCCAUUUAUUUCUCUUUCUUUUUUUUAUAAGAAAACCAACAAAAAUAAUAAUUUUAAAAAAUCAACUCAAAAUGGAAAGAAAACUAGGGUUCAUACUGGGUAAUUUUUCUGUCUUUUUUUUUUUAAACAGUUCUGUCUUUUAUGGGUUUUCUUUUUUUCUCCUUUUUCCUGACUGGGUUGCUGUUUCUGUCCACGGUUACAGGAGGAAUACUCUAAUUGUGACUUUGUAGAAACAAUGACGGGUAAAACCCCUGGACCUGAAGGUUAAGCAAAAAGAGAUACUCUAAUAGUAAUACGAUGGGAUACUCUAAUAGUAAUACGAUGCAUUUGCAAAGAAGAAGAAGCAAAGGAUGUGUUGCCACAACUGUGGCCAUCACAAGGACUCAAUUUUCGUGAGUCGGUGCCUGGACAAAACAUGUAUGGCCAUGUGCGCUCUUGGCUAUGCACAGGUGUCCAUCUUGUUCUGUUGCCAUGACCACUGACUCUCCAAUUCGCCCUUCUCCGAAGGCACUAUUUCUCAAACAUAACCCACCAUGCUGUGUCUCUCACCUGCUGCCACGGCUUUGCUGUGAACCCCACAUUUCUCUGCUAUUUUUGGAGAUGACUUAUGGGGUGGGGCCUCGUUGACUCAACACAAAGUGCCCAAUCUCAAACUGGACCGAAUGCCCAUAAAAAAAAGAAGACCCAACACCUUAAACAUAUAGAGAAGGACUUGUGGGGGGAAAUACCAUUCCCAAUACCUGGAAGGCUACAGAGGACCGUUUGGAUGACUUUUGUUUUGUCUUCUGUGGACCACGAGCCUAGACGUUGUUUUUUUCUCAAAUAAACAAUCAAACCUUGCCCAGUGAAUGUGAACACAUUCCAGUUUUGAAUUGCUCCCCUUUUUUUUUUUUUUUUUUUUUUUUGCAUCGUAGAAGAUGCUCCAAAGCAGCCCUUUGUGUCUUGGUGCUGUCCGUCCGUCCAGAUGUGGACCUCUGGAAACCUCCUUUUUGCUCCACCUCAUCCACAACAACCUCUUCCUCCUUGGUUUUUUCCAAGCAUGACGGAGAUGGUCCCAACCUUAUCUUGAAACAAGACUUCCUUCUUUCCCAUCAAGUUGGGCUCAGAUGUGUGCAUUUAUGGACUGCAGAUGUUAACAGAUAUUGGAUUUGAGCUCUUCUUUGAUUUUAAUAGCUGGAGCUAUUUGCAAUCAUUUUACGAAGGGGAGAAAAGACACCUGUCGUGUGACCUGUCCCUUUCAGCAACUCAGCCAAGUGCAUGGACGUUUCAUCUGUUCUCUUGAUGAUGAUUUGAUGAUGAUGAUGACGACGACGACAUCUUAUUUCCCCUUCCCGUUGGUUCAUUCUGCCUUUUCUCAGCUCAUAACAAGGCGCACCACUCAUGCAUUAGCCUUCUGAGAGCGGUUGCAUAAGGGUUGAAUAGUGCUUUCACGGAUCAGGAGAAGCAACAAGACUUUUUCAAUGUCAAAAUGUUAAAUGCAGUGUCUAAAUGAUCGUGGUCCUCUAGUGCCACCGCGCAUAAACAUGUGUUGUCAUUCUGUUAUGUUCAAUAAGGCCUCUUUCGUGGCUUUAUUGCCUUGGUAAAGCAUGAUGAGCGAGUGGGUCAUACUGCCCUGUCCCCAAAUUUUCUUAAGAUUGACAUAAUUUGCGGGCAAUGUUGCCUCCAAACCGUACGGAAAGCCCACAAAACACAUGACAACAUGCAACCAGUGGUUCUCCAUAAGAAUCCUGUAUUACUCUCAAAUUCCCCUCUCGAGAGUCCUUCUCAGAAGGGAGUCGGAAGUGAUACGACACCACUUUCGUCCUCCGUUUUGAGAAGGACAGCAGACAAAAUGGAAGACGUACUUGGGUUUGCUGUGUUGCCGAUGGGGAAUUCUCCACUCCUUUGGGUGGAAAAUGAAAGAAAAUCAAACCGAUACGGGGCUGAGCUAAUUUUGGAGCAGCCGUUGGCCCAACCAAUUUACCACGCUGCCUGCUUUACCUGUGUGUGUAUAUAGUAUAUAUCUUUACAAACAUAUCUAUGCUAAUGUUGUGGAUAUCGCGACGGUCUUUGGCUUCCCCUUUCUUGCUUGGGUGAAGCGACAGCGGAGCACUUAGAAGUGAGAACACAACCCUCUUUCCGGGUUCGGUAGUGUAGAAAAAUCCCAAAUUUGGCCAGGUGUCUUAAAAUCCUAGAUUGGAAAUAGAUUUAUUGUCGAGACAAUGUAUUGUGGAUCAGUUAAUACCUUCUGCCCCGAAGUCUCGAAUGGAAGAGCGGAAUGAAGUCCCAACAUACACACAGCUGUUGAAUACGGUUCGAUAGUUAAAACCAAUGUAAAUUGUUUGCAAAAAAGAUGUUUGUACCAACUGGAACUGCAAUCUGUUGUGUCAAGUCUGUGGAAUUUUAACACAAGGUUUGCUCGCCACAGAAGGGAAUCUGGGUCUUGGAUACAUAUAUGGCCACAUAUCCUUCUGUGCCUUAAAACUAAAUUUUCCUCUUUGUGCAAAGCUUUUGGAGAGAGAAAGCAUCCUUUUGCACAUUGCUGGCUGCGGAAAAGGUCCCGAACUUCCUUGAAAGAUGACGGAGAUCCAUCCAGCAUUUUAGCCGGCCCUGGAUCGGACGCUGCCGGAAAAAGCGGAUACGGAUCUUCAUGGGAUUCUCUUUAGCUUAGCAAUGGAAACAGUCUCCACUUGUGCAAAGCCCCUUCUGUGCAUUACAAUCCGUGAGGUUAUUUGGGGCGUAACUGUGCAUUUUAAAAUCCAGAAUGCCUUUCGUGAAUGUCAUGUAAAUAUUUUUGGGAGAGAGGUGGUGGUGAUGGGUUAGGACUGUCGACGUUCCUUGUGUCGGCUUAAAACUGAAGAAGCGCCAAAGCACUGACAGCGUCCUAGCCAUCGACCCUCCUUUUCUUUCUUUUUAUUACCCCUUUUAUGCAUUUUUAUUGUUGUUGUUGUUGUUGAUAAUGAUGAUGAUGUUAUUAUGCAUUUUUAAAAAUGGUGUAUUUUUGGGGGAGAUUCCGUUUUGCCGUGUCGAAAAGUGACCUUCUUUUCAGGCAGCCCGGCGAGCGCAACGCCGUCCAAUUGCCCGGUCUGUGACUUACUUUUAAAGCUCUUAAAAGAGCCAAAAAACAACCUUUCCUGAGGAGGAAAAGGACAAUGAAGCCAAGUGAGGGGAUGCCUGUCUGCCCAGCACUUUUUGGUGCAUCAAUAGGUAGCCUUGACGUCACGGCCAUCUUGCCUGUCCAUCACCAUAGCCGAAUAGUUUGGUUAGUAGGCAAAGUAGACCCAUUCAAAGAACUGUUGAGUGGUGAGUCAACACAUUGAGAAACCCAAUCAAUUCAAUGCUCCUGUUGUUAUUGGGACUUAAGGGGACUGAGGCCUUUAUUUUGGGGUGCCUCAUCAUUGGUUGGGUUUCCCAAUGCAUUCCUUGUGAAACCCAACCAACACGAUGAUUGUAUUGCCAUUGGGAUUCCCAAGAGGAUUGAGGCCUCUGUUAUGGGCUACUUCUUAAUUUUGGUACGUCCCAUAAUGCUCAUUGCACCGCCUUCCUAUUCUCCUUCAUGCAUUCCUUGUGAAACCCAACCAACACGAUGAUUGUUUUGCCAUUGGGAUUCCCAAGAGGAUUGAGGUCUCUGUUAUGGGCUACCUCUUAAUCUUGGUACGUCCCAUAAUGCUCAUUGCACCGCCUUCCUAUUCUCCUUCAUGGAUUCCUUGGGAAACCCAACCAACACGAUGAUUGUAUUGCCAUUGGGAUUCCCAAGAAGAUUGAGGUCUCUGUUAUGGGCUACUUCUUUAUUUUGGUACGUCCCAUAAUGCUCAUUGCACCGUCUUCCUAUCUCUCCUUCAUGCAUUCCUUGGGAAACCCAACCAACAUGAUGAUUGUUUCGUCAUUGGGAUUCCCAAGAGGAUUGAGGCCUCUGUUAUGGGCUGCUUCUUAAUUUUGGUACGUCCCAUAAUGCUCAUUGCACCGCCUUCCUAUCUCUCCUUCACUGGAGGAUGAACCAGACUCCUUUCAGCUCCGUCCUUUCUCUGAUCCAGGGCCAAAAUACCCUUUAACUUUUGUAAACAUGGACGGAAAGCCAUCCCUUGAAGGCUGCUCCCAUUCUAUCCUUUUCUCCUUAGAAACAAAGGGAAGCUGGAGCAUUGGUUGGGAUGUUCUUGGGUCCUCCCAACUAGUCUCUCCAUUGCAUCAACUUUUGCAUGACAAGUCAACGCAUUGGGAAAGUCAACCCAUUCCCCAUCCCAACUCACAAUUGGAAUGAUGCCCCUAUUUUGGGUUGCCUCAUUACUUGGGCACCUCCCGUGAUGUUAGAAGGACGCAUUGGACCUCGGUGGUCAAGAGACAUACCAGAGAUCUUCUGUCUCCGUUCUUCACAAAUUCAGAUGGACUGCAGGCUAUCCCUUGAAGGCUAUUCCCGUUGUAUCUUUUCCCCUUAUGAAACAAAGGAAAGUAGAGCUUUGGGCUGCGGCCGGGUGUCCAAUUUGGCGACGGCUUCCCUCCGUAAUUACCACGUUCUUGUUGUUGUGGUCCUUUCAAGCCAGCGAACAGAGGGAAGGCCGUGCCUAUUGCCUCCUUCUGGGCUGCUUUCGAGAUGCCUUACGUGUAUCGAUAACCUUUUUUCGUUCUCACUCGUUGUUGUUGUUCUUGCUGUCGUCGUUUUUCAGGAAAGGCUUCUGUUCGGGACACUUGCUCCCUGGAAAGCCGCCUUUUAUACAAAUGCACUUUGUGUAAAGCUUGAGCCAUUUCUGCCCUUCGCUUGCAGCAGGUUUAUUUUUUUACCCAAAGAAUGUGUGGCAUUUACCAAAGAACGUGUAUAUAAAAACGGGAAGAGGUUUUUUAAAAGAGUUUGUAUUUGCAAAACAGGAAAGAAAUCGGGAGAAUUGGGGUGCAGCGAGAGCGCUGUUUUCCUGUUGUGGGUCUUGUAAUGCAUUUGCUUGCGUGCUGAGUUUGGGUGCUCGAUUUUUGACCGAUCCUGUGCUGCGGAGGAUCUCUACUGUGGAAAUAAUAGGUUUAUGGGGGACAUGAUUUGCACUUGGGGAGGAGGGGAGCAAAGGGAAGCGGUCCCAGACCUGCUCCCCAUUCGAUAGCACUAGAGGUUUCAGAGAACCAGGGUUGUGCGGGAGGGUUUGACACGGUUUUGGGGAAAAGAUGGAAAAGAUGGCGGACAAAAGCCAUCAGUUGCACCUUGAACAGCCAAGUUCUAAAGAUUUUUUAUGCUGCAAUCGCCCUCUUUCAAGUUGCAACCUUUGCACCCAUCAGGCUCCUAAAUGUCAAUGGCCCCCGAAUAAAAACACUGCUCCUCCCAUGGAUUUGUCCUUUUGCUUCCCAAAUUUCUAGCACUGGAAUCAGUUAAAGCUUCAGUAAGAAGGUGAAGGAAAUACAAUGGUGGUGAUUUUCGAAACCAGAGUACAAAACUAUCUUAUUUACAAGGAUUUACAACCAAGAAAGAUAGAGUCAAUUUUGUCUGCUAGAUGAGACAUUUUGUAUGACUGGAGAUUGGACUGGAUGGUCUUAUGGUCUCAUCCAGCUCUUCUACAACUUCAUCUACAGUGUCGUGUAAUGCAGUCUGAGCUGCACGAUAUGGUCAAUGUAGAUGCAUAUAAUGCAGAUUGAACUUCAUUAUAUGAGUCUACAUCAUAUCCAGGGAGGGCCUUUUCAGCAUCGGUUCAACUACUGCUUCUUUUAAACAGGAUGGGAAUUUCCCCUUCCUGAGAGAUUCAUUAUGAAUUUCUUGUAUGAGAUCGAAUUGAAUCUCCUCCCUAAAUGACCAGCCAAGAAGGACAAGGAUCCAGAAAGCAGGUUGGCUUCCUUAUUUGCCCCAGUAGCUUUUCCACAUCAACAGUACUCACCGAUUGAAACUGAUCCAGUGUAAUCGCACUUACAGAGUUGCUGGACACCUCCUUGUUGGCCUCUGCUCCAAUGACUGUCUCUAAGUCGACUCUUAUGCACAUUUUUAUUAUUAUCCAAUUCAGUGCAUUAUGAAAUUGCAUUAUAUGGCAGUGUAGACGGGGGAUGGGGGUGGGCUAUGAUUCCAACUCGGAGAGCGAGCUGAAACAACCAAAUUUGGUCAAGACAAUAAGGAGAGCAUCCAAGCUGAAAGUUUGAAAGAAUUGUGCUAUCACUUUUUUCUAAGUAAUGUAACAUGUUUGUAGUGUAGUUACAAAAUGGAAGAAAAUUUACACAAAUUUAAACCAAGGCUGGAUCUACGGUGUCAUAUAAAGCAGUUUCAGGAAACAGAUUAACUUCAUUGAACUGGAUGGUGUGAGCCUGCACUACGAUAUAAUCCGCUGAUGCAUUAUAUGGCAGUGCAGAUCCAACCUAAGUGGGAGAAAAACCACAGUAAAGAGCUGGAAAGGCAAAGAUCCCAAAUGGAAGAGUCCUGAGAUACAGUGCUAGACAUUUGAGAGAGGAAGGAGAACUUCCCUUUUCGGGGGCAGAAGUAAAAGAUUGGCAUUUCUGAUGGUGUCUCUCCGGCUAAACAAGGAGCUUGGGCUUGGGCUGCAACUUGAAAGUGGCCCUGUGAAAUGUGACGUUGCCACAAAGUGGAUGUGUGCCAAUUGAGGUGCGUUGGCUUUUCCGGCCAGGCAAGGAGGCCAAUGCGAACCUCCCUUUUCUUAUCUUGCAGCUCUGUGGGGUAUCAUCCUGCAACCCUUUGUAAGUUUGGGAGAAGGUGUUCUGCAUUGUGUACGUUGCUUUUCCCCUCUUUCCGUCAGGGUCGAAACGAAGCCAAGAAAGCCGACGUCCCUGACGAACAUUUACGUAAUUUGCAUAAUGCCGUUUGUUAGGUAUUCUGUAACGAUUGUGGAACUUUAGAGAAAAAAACAAUGAAAGAAAUGUUUUGUGUGUUUGUAUGUGCACUUUUUAAAGAUAUAUAAAAAGCCAAAACAUUAAGACCUUCAUAUACAGAGAUUUUUUUUAAGAAGAAAAAAGAUAUAGAGAUAUAUAGAGAUAUAUGCAUUAGAUAGGGGCUGUUGGCCAACAGCCAUUAUUGUUCGGGAUUGUAGACCUGGCAGUUGUCUUCAUGCGGCUAAGCGGAGUAUCUAAACCAGCCGAAAUGUGGAACAGUUGAGUAAGCUACAAAAGGGGUUGGGAAGGGUCCUCAACUUUAGUAGGAGAUGCCAGAGGGUCAUCUCUUUUUUUAAAAAAAAAAAUUGAAAAUUAAGCUCAUUAGUUCUUACUUUUUUGCUCUGGGCCCAGCGCACGCGGGUGCUUUUGUGUUGCGUGGAGCGGCGGUUGCCUUUAUUUUUUCCAGCCGAUCAGAGUGACAACGAUGCUAUAUCAAUCGGGAGGAAUGUAGGCUUUAUCCGAACCGAGUUUUCCCAUUGUGACUCUUGACCUACUCGCCCGGUGCGGUUUCCCUUUGGACCGGGAUCUUUUUCCUCGGUGAAUUGCACCUCGCGAAAAGCGUACUUUAAAGGACAGUUUACACUCCAUCCGCACGCGAGAGUUGCGAAGGUCCGUAAAGCUUGAGUAGAGCUUCAUGCGAAGAGUUUGGAAGCGAAAAGCUUUGGAAGCGUCUUAGUCGGUUGGCAUCUCGCCGCUCUUGGACAUCCGGGCCGACUUCAUGCUGUGUUUCAUCUUGUUCCUUCUCUCUUUGUUUAUUUUGGGGGGGGGGGGGAGGGGGGGUUAAUCUUAAAUCCUAUUGUUGCUCUCAAUACAAUAAAAACUCAGAACUUUGGUUGUUGGAAAAAACCUGCUUGUCUGCCUCCAUUUUUUUUUGCAGCUUCCCAAUGGCUUUGUGGGCUCAUUACUCUAGUGCAGGGGUCCCCAAACUAAGGCCCGGGGGCCGGAUGCGGCCCUCCGGUGUCAUUUACCUGGCCCCCGCCCUCAGUUUUAUAAUAUAAUAUAUUGUAUAUACAUAUAAUAUUGAUAAUAAUAUUAUAAUGUAAUACAAUAUAACACUAAUAAUAAUACCAUAUAAUAAUUUUAAUUAUAUAUUCUAUAUUACAUAUAAUAUUACUAAUAAUAUUACAGUAUAGUGGUAUAGUUCAAUAUAGUAAUAUAUAAUGCUAAUAUUGUGCUAUGCCAUUAAUAUAAUAUAUUGGAUGUACAUGUAAUUUGUAAGCCACUCUGAGUCGCCUUUGGAGUGAGAAGGGUGUGAUACAAAUGUAGUAAAUAAAUGCAGUAAAUAAAUAAAUAAUAAAUAAAUACAUUUUAGACUUGGGCUCACCCAAAGUCUAAAAUGACUUGAAGGCACACAACAACAACAACAGCAACAAAUCUAAUUAACUUGACUAUCUCAUUGGCCAGAAGCAGGACCACACUUCCCAUUGAAAUCCUGAUAAAUGUAUGUUGGUUAAAAUUGUUUUUAUUUUUAAAUAUUGUAUUGUUCUUUUAUUGUUGUUGUUGUUGCACUACAAAUAAGACAUGUGCAGUGUG